GGCCGUUGUUCAGUAGUAGCAGUAGUAAUAGUAAUAUCUUAAUGACGUUGUCCUCUGGAUUAAUUUUAUUGUAACUAGGCCUUUGACGUGUUCUAUAUCUGGUGGCGCCAUCGCCAAAUGUAGAUCUGAUGAACAAAAUAAAUUGAAUUGAAUUGAAUAGUGUUGGUAAACAUGACUUGGAAUCCUCUGAGGAGAAAUUACUUAACCACCAAACCUAGCCCAGCUCCACACGUUCUUAAGAAGACAGAUGAACGAAGUUUGGAGAUAAUAUUUCAUAGACUACAAAAUGUCGAAGAGCUAACAAGAAGACUGCAAAAGGAUAUGAAAAAAUACCUUGACAGUGUAGCAUCAGUAACAAAAUCAGAACAAAAAAUUACAGCUGACUUGAGUGGGAGUGCACUGUGUCACCAGAAUGCAGAACUUAGGAAGCUUGUAGAAGAUUAUCAUUCUGUAACAUCACAGUUGUGUAAUUCUGCACGAGAUCUCUCAUCAGUUAACCAGAGAACAUUCAUGGAGCCACUAAAGAAGUAUGGUGGUACAUUCAGUGGUGUUGAGUCAGCAUUUCAACGACGUGAACAGUUAUCUCAGGAAUGGCGUAACCUUGCAGCAAAAGUUCGCAAACUUGAGGAACGGGAACGGACUGCUAGUAAUGUUGUGAAACUUGAACGUGAGAAAAGAUCCCUUGACGUGGCAGGCAAGGAACUGGCAGCAUGUCAUGCUUUUCUCCUUUCAGAGUUAACACAGUUUCUAGAGAAGAGGACUGAUUACUUUCGGCCAACGCUUCAAGCUCUAUUGAGAUCGCAGCUUGACUACUAUGGAAGUACUACCAGACUCUUCACUCACCUUAUACCUGCUACCAGUGCUAAUGAAGGUUCACCAUCAUCAUUAUCUGUUUCAGAUUCAGAAUUUGAGGCUAGUAUUAACAGCAAGCUUGGUUGCAUCCGAGCUCUAUCCAUUGUAAAAACAUAAGGUAUGACAUAGCUAAUAUAGAAUCAAUAUUCUUCUCCCACAUCACAGAAGGUCUUUCUGAUCCAUACGAUAGUUUUAAGUAACGUUUUAAUUCUCUGCCAUUCUUCUGGUUUUCUAAUAUUGGAAUAAGUUCUGAAAAUUCACUUGAUUUUAAUGACAGCUGAAAUAAAGGUUCCAGUACCAGAUAUGGCAAGACUAGAAUGAUACAAAUAUGCAGCCAACAUAUAAAUCAGAUGAGAAAGUCAGACCUGAAUUUUUUCUGGAGGAAGGAAAUUUUUUUUUAUGCUCUAAUGCUCUUAGGUGAUUUUUUAAUGAUUUUAGAAGCAAGAUUUAUAAAAAUAUAUGUACCCGUUUUCAAAAUAUACUUGGUACACAAUUGUGUACACUGGGUCUCAAUCAACACUGAAAUCAUUGUAGACAAAAAAAAUAUUUUUAUUUGGUGCAUUUAAAUGUGAACUCUUUUACACAUACAAUAGAUAUAAAAUUCACCAUGUUUUAGUUAACAAUAAAAUGUGUCGAGAAUUA